AUGAGAGUCAAGAAGCCAACGUCCAAAAGGACGACCACUCGUAUGAGAGAGGGUAUCAAGAAGAAGGCGGCUGCCCAGCGCCGAAAGAAUAAGAAGUUGGCCAAGAAGGACGUUACUUGGAAGUCCAGAGCUAACAAGGAUCCAGGUAUCCCAGCCAGUUUCCCAUACAAGGAGGAGAUCAUCAACGAGCUAGAACAAAACAGGCUUGCGGAGAAGGAGAGAAGAGAGCAGCUUAAAUUGAAGAGACAAGAGGCACGUGAAGCCGCUUUGGCCAGAGGUGAGGAUGUUGAAGAAGCCAUGGAUGAGGAUGAGGACCCUGAGGAAGAGGGUGGUCUUUCUGCAUUGAUGGAAUCCGCCCAGCAGGCUGCUCGUGAAUACGAAGGAGAAGACUCGGAUGGCAUGGUGGACUCUGACGAGGACGUUGAAUACGAAUUGUCUGACACCGAAGACAAGUCUGAUAUCGAGAAGUCCAGAAAGGCCUACGACAAGAUCUUCAAGGCUGUGGUGGAGGCCUCCGACGUGAUUCUUUACGUUUUGGACGCCAGAGACCCCGAGGCCACGAGGCUGCGGAAGGUCGAGCAGGCUGUUUUGCAGAGCGGAGGAAAACGUCUUAUCUUCAUUUUGAACAAGGUCGAUCUUGUGCCCACCAACGUCUUGUCCCAGUGGGUCAGCUUUUUGAAGACCUUUUUCCCCACCGUGCCUGUCAAGGCCUCCCCUGGUGCCACCGGUGCCAACAUGUACAAUAAGAACCUCUCGAGUGCAUUGACAUCCAAGCACCUCAUGGAGGCCCUCAAGAGCUACGCUACGAAAUCCAACUUGAAGAGAUCCAUCGUUGUGGGUGUGAUUGGUUACCCCAACGUCGGCAAGUCCUCGAUCAUCAAUGCAUUGACGAAUAGACACGGAAACCUGAAGGCCUGUCCUGUGGGCAACAUGCCUGGCGUUACCACCACCAUGAGAGAGGUGAAGAUCGACAACAAACUCAAGAUUUUGGACUCUCCCGGUAUCGUAUUCCCUGACGAGGUUUCGCUGAAAAAGGCUUCCCAGGAGGCCAAGCUUGCAUUGCUUUCUGCGGUGACGCCGAAGAACAUCAGAGAUCCUGCUGGUGUGGUGGAGGUUUUGCUCAAGCGUUUGUCCAAGGACAAUGCCAUGGCCGACGCCCUCAAGGCAUACUACCAGAUCCCAGCAUUGCCAUCGAGCGAUUUGAAGGAGUUCACCAAGCAGUUCUUGAUCCAUGUGGCCAGGGCCAGAGGAAGAUUGACCAAGGGCGGUGUUCCACACAUUGAGUCGGCGGCUCUUAACGUUUUGAAUGAUUGGAGGGACGGCAGAAUCACAGGCUGGACUUUGCCUAAUGCCUCCAAAGCACACAAGGAGAGUGAGGGACCUAAGAGUGCCGCUAGAGGCGAUAGAGAGCCUGCUAAGGUUGAGCAGACCACGGUUGUUACUGAAUGGGCCAAGGAGUUUGAUCUUGACGGUUUGCUUGGAGACAACUUUGGUCUUGACAGCUGA